UACAUCAUAUUAUGGCAUAAAGUAAUUGUUGAUAUUAUAAGAUUUUAAAUAUAUAUUGAUAUACAAAAAUAUAUUAAUUUAAGGAGUUAAUUGCAAAAAUCAUGCUUGUGUUGGUAUUAGGAGACUUGCACAUUCCACAUAGAUGUAGCAGCCUCCCAAGUAAGUUUAAGAAACUGCUAGUACCAGGAAGGAUACAGCAUAUCUUAUGCACUGGUAAUCUUUGUACAAAGGAGUCCUAUGAUUAUCUCAAGACAUUAGCCAGUGAUGUUCAUGUAGUCAGAGGAGAUUUUGAUGAGAAUCUAAAUUAUCCAGAACAAAAAGUAGUCACUGUAGGCCAGUUCAGAAUAGGACUUUCUCAUGGACACCAAGUGGUUCCAUGGGGUGAUCCAGAAUCUUUAGCCUUGAUACAGAGACAAUUAGAUGUAGACAUUCUCAUAUCCGGACACACACAUAAAUUUGAAGCCUAUGAGCAUGAAAAUAAAUUCUAUAUCAAUCCUGGAUCAGCUACUGGAGCUUACAAUCCUCUAGAUACGUCAGUUAUACCGUCAUUUGUAUUAAUGGACAUCCAAAGCUCAACGGUGGUUACUUACGUAUAUCAACUGGUCGGAGACGAAGUUAAAGUGGAAAGAAUUGAAUAUAAGAAAAGUUAGAAUCACCGGAAUUUCCAGAAUAUAUCUAUUAUGAAUUAUG